AUGUUUCGUUUAAAUACUAUCCCACAAAGGUUUGUUCGAUGGAACAAGGUGAAUUAUCGUGCUGUUAGAAGUGUAGCAGUGAGAGCUGCUUCAUCGCUGUCGAACCCACAACGCCCUAACCGAUCGUUUCUGAUGAACAUGUUUGGCGGGAAACUCGAAACAGCAGAGCUGUUCCCCUAUCCGGAACCACUUAACGCGGAGCAGAAAGAGUUUGCGGCAGCUCUAGUCGAUCCUGUGCACAAGUUUUUCACGGAAGUGAACGAUGCCGUCCGAAACGAUGAUACGAGCAACGUUGAUCGUCGAACGAUCGACGCGCUGUGGGAUCUUGGACUUCUGGCCGUGUACGUACCGCCGGAGCUCGGUGGUUUGGGCCUGUGCAAUGUGCAGUCCGUGCUGAUGGCCGAAAUAAGUGGUAGCUACGAUCUGGCGCUCAGCUUACUCAUCGGCGCCCACAAGAGCAUCGGGACGAAGGGCAUCCUGUUGUACGGCAGUGAGCGACAGAAGCAAAAGUAUCUGCCCUUGCUAAGCAGCGGGCGUGUGUUUGGUGCAUUCGCGCUCACCGAACCGGGGACCGGGUCGGAUGCGGCAUCGAUAAAAAUGAAAGCAGUGUUAAGCCCGUGCGGCACCUACUACACCCUGAACGGUUCGAAGCUGUGGAUAUCGGGUGGUGGGUUGGCCGACAUCUUUACCACCUUCGCGCAGGUGGAGUCGGUCGAUGCAGCGACCGGUGAGAAGCGUAACAAAAUGACAGCGUUUAUUGUGGAGCGAAGUUUCGGUGGCGUUAGCACCGGGCCGCCCGAGGACAAGAUGGGCUUGAAGUGUUCCGUCACGAAUGAACUGUUUCUGGACGAUGUUAAAGUGCCGGUGGAGAAUGUUUUGGGUGAAGUUGGGAGUGGGUUUAAGAUUGCGGUGAACAUUCUGAACUCUGGCCGGUACGGGCUGGGAGCGAUGCUGUCCGGGACGAUGAAGACGUGCGUUGAGAAGGCAGCGGCUCAUGUCAGUGACAGGGUGCAGUUCGGACGGAAGUUGAUUGAGUUUGAAAAUGUGCAGGAAAAGCUGGCGAUGAUGACGACUCAGCAGUAUGUGGCGCAGAGCCUAACGUACAUGGUGUCUGGGAAUAUGGAUAAGGGUUCGGUGGACUUUCACCUGGAGGCGGCCGUGAGCAAAGUGUUCUGUACGGAGGCGGCUUGGAACGUGUGUGACGAAGCGAUACAGCUGCUCGGGGGGAAUGGGUUCAUGAAGUCCAGUGGAUUGGAGCGGUUUUUGAGAGAUAUAAGGGUGUUUCGAAUUUUCGAAGGGGCGAACGAUGUAUUGAGGAUGUUCAUUGCCUUGACGGGUAUGCAAAAGGCGGGGAAAGAUCUUCGUGGGCUGCAGGAUGCGCUAAAGAAUCCAUUUUCGAACAUGGGAGUGAUCUUCACUGAAGGUACAAAGCGAGCAGGACGCAGUGUUGGAGUUGGUGGAACGGAUUUGCGUCCUUUUGUAGCAAGCGAGCUUCAAAAUGCAGCCAAACAGUGUGCUGAGAGCAUUGAUGUCUUUAGUGCCACAGUUGAAUCUCUCCUUCGAACACAUGGCAACGGAAUAGCGGAACGACAGUUCCAGCUCGCCCGUGUUGCGGAUUGUGCUAUCUUUAUCUACUCGAUGGCCACCGUACUGUCCAGGGCUAGCCGUGCGGUAAAGUUGAAUCUUCCCUCCGCGGAGCAGGAACUGCUGAUGGCACAGAUCUGGUGCAAGGAGGCAAGUGAUCGUGUCCAGCAAAACAUUCACCGUAUCCAAUCGAAAUCUUUCAAGGAGAACUAUCAACGGAUGGCAACGGUAGCCAGCUAUAUUUCCAACCAACGAGGACCGACGUACACGAACCCAUUGGAAAUAGACUAAUAACAUGUGAAAAAUGU